AUGAUUGUAUCUACGACACAUUGUGCCCGCAUAGGACAAACUAUAGCUCUUCUUUACGCGUUUAUCGCUAUCCUCUACACCACCAAUUAUCUCCUCGCAUCUCCUUUACGUGCAUGUUUCUCGCUUUUGUUCAACCUUCCGACUUCGACCACCCUACCAAAUUCCUCAGUUUCAUCAAUUCUCCAUUCUCUCAAUAAGCAAAAUUUUCGCAAGCCUCAAGUUUCUCCUCUUCUUUGGAACACUGAGGCGUCUCGCCCAAGUGAAAGCUCCUGGCCGGCGGACAUAGACAAUGAUCUGGUCCUUUCAAAAGCAUUCUCAAGUUCGAUGCAUCCUCCAAGCAAGAUUGUGCCAUUCUUCUAUCGGGCGUCUGGCGAGCUCGACGUUGAAGAUAUAACUAUCACGACUUUGAUAACAAGCAACCGAUUUCCUGUUUUUGCCCGUUUAGUGGAGCGAUAUCAGGGACCUAUCUCUGUCGCUAUACAUGUCAACAAUAACAGCUCUGAAUACUACUCACUAUUGGAUUCCAUACACUCUCUCUACACCUCUACCCCAAACAUGGCUCGUUUUGUUGACGUUCACCUCGUUAUGGACUCUUUCGAUCGCCAAUUCAAUACUUGGCGUAACAUCGCUCGCUUAUUCGCUCGUACAGACUUUGUCAUGAUGCUCGAUAUUGAUUUUGCUAUAUGCACUGACUUUCGAAGUGCCAUGAGGGCUAACAAGUCUAUCAUGGAUGAACUUCGAAAAGGAAAUUCAGCGUUCGUGAUCCCGGCGUUCGAGUAUGUGAAACCAGAGGAAGGAAAUCACCAGGUGGCCUUCCCAACUGACAAAACUUCAUUGCUUUCCGCAGUCGAAGCUGGACGUUUAGAUAUGUUUCAUGCCUCUUGGGAAGUCGGACACAAUAGCACAGACUAUCCAAGAUAUUAUGCAGCCCCUCCUGGUGAAGUGUACAAGGUGACAAAAUAUCAAGCUGCUUACGAACCCUAUAUCGUUUUCAAGAAAGACGGUCCCCCAUGGUGUGACGAGCGGUUCGUUGGUUACGGAGGCAACAAGGCGGCUUGUCUAUUCGAAUUGUAUCUCUCUGGGAUAUCUUACUAUGUACUUUCCGACCAUUUCAUUGUACAUCAAAAUCACUUGUACGAGGAAAAAGUUCGGAAGGACGAGCGGAAAUUCAACAAGAAAAUUUACAACGACUUCAAGGAGGAGACUUGUUUGCGGUGGGUGAAAUGCGUUCACAUCAUAGACUGGAAUCGAUGA